GGGAGAAGCGGCGGAAGAUGCGGAAAUGGCGGAGUGGAAUGGCGGAAGAAGCGACGCGGACUCUGCGGUGGACAUCGAUUUGCUGUGGGAGGCAGCGGCGGAGGC